GGGAGGGCGGCAGCGCGGAGGCGCGUCGCGAGCUUGUAGAGGAGGCUGUGGUGGCGGCUGUGGCGGCGGCGAUAGCGGCAACAUGGACAACGCUGGGAAGGAGCGUGAGGCUGUGCAGCUGAUGGCGGACGCCGAGAAGCGAGUCAAGGCCUCCCACUCCUUCCUCCGAGGGCUGUUUGGAGGAAACACAAGGAUAGAAGAGGCUUGUGAAAUGUAUACCAGAGCUGCAAAUAUGUUCAAGAUGGCUAAAAAUUGGAGUGCGGCAGGAAAUGCGUUUUGUCAAGCAGCCAAGCUCCAUAUGCAGUUACAGAGCAAACAUGAUUCUGCUACCAGUUUUGUAGAUGCUGGAAAUGCAUACAAAAAGGCAGACCCUCAAGAGGCUAUCAACUGCUUAAAUGCUGCCAUCGACAUUUACACAGACAUGGGAAGGUUUACAAUUGCUGCCAAGCACCACAUCACUAUUGCCGAGAUCUAUGAGACUGAACUUGUAGACAUCGAGAAGGCUAUUGCACAUUAUGAACAAUCUGCUGACUAUUACAAAGGAGAAGAAUCCAACAGUUCUGCUAACAAGUGUCUAUUGAAGGUGGCAGCUUAUGCUGCCCAGCUUGAACAGUACCAGAAAGCCAUCGAGAUCUAUGAGCAGGUUGGGGCAAACACUAUGGAUAAUCCUUUAUUGAAGUACAGUGCAAAGGAUUACUUCUUCAAGGCGGCCCUCUGCCACUUCAUAGUGGAUGAGUUAAAUGCCAAGCUUGCUCUUGAGAAAUAUGAGGAAAUGUUUCCAGCAUUUACUGAUUCAAGAGAAUGUAAAUUAUUGAAAAAACUUCUAGAAGCUCAUGAAGAGCAGAACAGUGAAGCUUACACUGAAGCAGUAAAGGAAUUUGACUCCAUAUCUCGCUUGGAUCAGUGGCUUACUACCAUGUUGCUUCGUAUCAAAAAGUCCAUUCAAGGGGACGGAGAAGGAGACGGAGACCUAAAGUGAAAUGUAUAUAUCUUUGUGGCAUGCAGCUAACUCCUCUUUAUUUUUGACUUAGGGCCAAGUGAUCUUUAUGGGAUACCCAUUUCAUGGCUUACUUUUGUUGCAUAUGAACCAGAUGAUCUGUGUAUUGUUUAAACACACCAAGCUGGUGUUAGAAUGAAGUGAUGAGUGGGAGGCCCCUGUUCAUGUUGUGUGUUUGAUGGGCUAAUUCACACUUGUCAGAAUCCCCGGAGUUUUCUGAGAAAUACUUCGUAAUCUACUCCUAUUAUUUUGGUAUUUACAGAGCCCAUAGCUAAUCCUGCCACGUGUUUUUAUGUCCUUUUUCUUGGGGCUCAAGUACCCAACCCAGUUGUUCUAAUACAGGCUUUGCAUAUUCUUUGUACGUUGGCAUCUGGAUGUAUUCUCUAAAUGUGUGUAUUUAGUUUAGAGUGGUUGUUAGGAAUGAGUUUAGAAGUUUCUCCAUUAGAAAUUGUUUGUUUUUUCCUUAUCCUGUGACUGUUUUGAUGGUGCUAGUGACAAGUUUUGUGCUAAUGUGCACAUGGCAACAGUUCAGAGCAGCCCGAGUCUGCUUGCCUCACUUCCAUGGUGAGGAGAGUGCCUGGCAGUUCUUGCUUUCCUGCCUGGGUGAACGUCAAGGUGGAUUUGACUGACGUGUCCUUGUGCACACAACCCUACAAUAUACAUUCUAUGAGAAGUAGAAUUUUUCCUUUUCCUAGAGAUAUUUUUCUCCUUUUAUUUUGGGAGGAAAUCCCUUUCUUUUAUAGUCACAUAAUAGUAUAUUAAUUGGCACUUACUUCUUUUGAAUUUUCAUAUACUUUCCCACAUCGAGAUGGUGGUUUCUGUGCCACAGUCACAGAAGGCCAUGGGGUAGGUGAUCUAAGUUGAAGCUUAAAAGUGAAUGCAAUUAAUUUUAUCUAUUUAUAGUAUGUGCUGGGCAUGGUGGGAUAAAUCUGGCUCGGGUUUAGCUUAUGCCCUGUUGGGCAAGAGCCCCCAACUUGCUUCUAAGGGGAUUUGAUUUUUCUCUUAGCUGACAAAAUUAUUUUAGUUUGUGUGUUUGAACUCUGUCCUGAUUGUUUUAGUUUAAAUAGUGUAUGCCCUCUUGAUUCAUGAACCUGAUCCUACCCAUUGUGUUAUAUGCAGAUAUUGUACUUUAGUUAGUCUUGUUUCCUGAAUUACCUCUGUAAAUAUUUCCAUGCUUAAAUGAUUCGUGCUUGGUAUGCAUUUGUUAGGAGAUACAAACCUUGGUUCUUUCAGAAUUAUGCUGCUGUAAUUAACGAUAGAUAAUGAAAUCCUCCAUUUUAUGUCAGAUAAUAACUAGUAUUUGAAUGGUGUUUUUAUUCUGGGACGGUGCUUAACCGGGAUUAUCAGUAGGAUUUUGUUGGGCAGAGGUAGAUUGGUGUGCCCAGGCCAAGCGCAGAGCAAGGGAGUAGGAGUUGGGAAUGGUGGGAGGAAUGAAGGGUAGCAGGAAAUGAAGCUGGAAAGGGCGGACUGAAGCCAGAUUGUGGCAGUCCUCCUUCAGGCAACCGAGGGGAUUCCCUGCCCGUUUUUGUGGUGGGGACCUGUGCUUACAAGGCAGCCCCGUGGAUCCAGUAACUCAGUGAUGUCAUAGCGUCAGGUACGAGGAGAGGAAUGAGCCAGAGGCUUGGAUGCUCUGACUGUGGGCCCUGGAAUCCGAUUGCAGGGUCUUUGGGAUUCCUUCCUUCCUCAAGUUCUAGGAUUCUUAAAUGGAAGUUGAGUGUCACGUAAGGUAAACUCUGGAGUGGAGCCCAGUGGGUACUGCUUCACUUCUUCUUGGAAUCCCUUGGGAAAAGUGAUCAGAGAGAGAACUGGGGUUUUGUUUUGUUUUGUUUUGUUUUGUUGCUGUUCCUAAUAAAAUCUAAAAUCAGCCAAAUGUACUUCUGUGAAAAUGAGGCAUGCGGCAUGAAGGGUGUUUUCGUAGCUUGUGGCAACAUUUUAUAGUUCGUAUAGUUCUCCAUUUGGAGAACGUUAAAACAUUAAACACUAGCUAGCCCGUAUGUAAGUUUCAUGGCUAAUUCACAAAGUUUCCUUCUAUUUCUAAAAGUCUUCUUGUCUGACCACUUAAAGUAAAAACCAGAUGGUCCCUUGUAAGGCAGUUAUGUUUAGCUUUCAUCAUAAUCUCCUAACAGAACUCUGUCUCAAGAGGAAUGGCUUUUAAAUAUAUUAUUUGUAAAAUUUUAUGUCCAUCAGAGACUUGCUGUUUAUAUUGAAAUAAACACUGGGAUCAGUGCCUGGGUGAGGAAUUAAUUUUUAUCUUUUACAUUUCACAUGAGAAGAAUAAAAAUAGUUACAGUGACCAAACAAACAUGCCAAAAGGAGGAUGGGAGGAAAAAAGCCAGGUAAGCAGUAUGCCAACUUAUAUUCUUUGAAUGUCCAUUGAUGUAAGAUACUAACAUGUUUCCUUCAAGAUGCAUACAAGUUAGGUUUUCAGGAUUUAUAGACUGUUACUUACAAACAAAACAUAAUGAUUAGUUAGGCUACAGUUAGCAUAUUGUAGCAAAUCUGGAGUUACUUCAUAUUCAUGGUUAAAAUUUCUUACAGAAAAGCUUUGCUUUUUGUGGCAACAUUUUUAUAGUUCGUAUUCUUUGGGUUCCUUUUUUUAUUUAAGAUAUAAAACGAUAUUUUUGCAGUUGUGACCUUGUGUGGUGGUGUCACUAUAACAAAGUAUAUACACCAGCCUUUGUGCAGUUCUUGUUUCCUCUGAUAUUGCGCAUUUAAACCGUCUGAAUGCAAACCUUUAUGACUUUUUUUGAGGAUUUGGCAGCAUAGCAUGUCACCUGUAACCUACCGCCUGUGGUAUGAACGGUGGUUAUAGCAGGUUUCCUGCCUCGUGAAAUUCCAAGCUGGUAGCUGCUGGUGUUCACCUCCCUAACUAACCUGUAACAAUAAAUCUUCCUUAGCAGAAAGACCAUGUAUGUUUUAUGUGAACCCGUACAAUAAAUAAAGUGGAAAUUAUGAGUAAUA